AUGGAAAAUGAUGCAAGCUCAGACACAAGAGGAGGCGCAAAGCCCGCCCCUAACGACUAUGACCUGAAUACUCCCAUUGACUCCAGUUCUGGAGGAAUGCGACAAGGUCUGGCAUCGUAUGGUGAUGCCCAUUUCUCCCUCUUUCUCCGCAAAGUCUUCAUCAAGGCUAUGGGAUAUAGUGAAGAGUCCCUCUCACGACCCAUUAUCGGCAUUGUCAACACCUACUCUAGCUUCAACCCUUGUCACGCCAAUGUCCCUCAGCUCAUCGAGGCCGUCAAGCGUGGAGUCCACCUGGCUGGCGGACUGGCCAUUGACUUCCCAACCAUCAGCAUUGCUGAAUCCUUCUCUUCGCCGACAAGCAUGUACCUCCGGAACCUGAUGUCAAUGGACACCGAGGAGAUGAUACGCGCGCAGCCGUGCGACUCGGUUGUUUUGAUCGGGGGAUGCGACAAGACCACCCCCGCACAGCUCAUGGGUGGCAUCUCGGCGAACAAGCCGGCGCUGAGUCUUGUUACUGGCCCCAUGAUGCCCGGCAGCCACAAGGGCGAACGGAUUGGAGCCUGCACAGACUGUCGAAACAAUUGGGCCAAAUUUCGCGCGGGUACGAUCGACAUCGAAGAAAUCUCAGGUAUCAAUGAAGAAUUGGCGCCGACGGCCGGAACAUGUGGUGUGAUGGGUACUGUGAGCACAAUGGCAUGCAUCCUGGUUGGUCUGGGCAUGAUGCCUUUCUGGGGAGCCACGGCACCGGCCGUUUCUUCGGCCAGGUUACGCAUUGCGGAAGAAACGGGGUCUCUAGCUGUGCACAUGCAUAACCUGAAGCUCAAGCCACAGACAGUGCUCUCGCGCAACUCCUUCCUUAACGCCAUUACCGUCCUCCAGGCCAUCGGAGGCUCGACCAACGCCGUCGUGCACUUGAUGGCGAUUAUUGGGCGUCAUCCUGAUGUGGCAGGAACCAUCACACUCGAGACGUUCGACGAGAUUGGACGGAAGACCCCGCUGCUUGUGGAUUUAAAACCUAGUGGCGAUAAUUACAUGACAGACUUCCACAACUCGGGCGGUAUGCGAGCGUUGCUGGAAGAGCUCAAACCCUUGCUACUCCUUGACGCAUUGACCAUUAGCGGAAAGACAUUGGGAGAGGAACUGGACUCGACUCCCCUCAAGAUAGUCCCAAGACAUAUUCCUACCAUGGUUCUUCGCCCGCUACACGAUCCCCUUUACGAGCGCUCCUCUUUGGUGGUUCUUAAGGGUAAUUUGGCACCGCAUGGGUGUGUCAUGAAAGCAAGUGCUUCAAAAGAUCGUGCACUGCUCAACCAUACUGGCCGAGCGGUUGUAUUCGCCGGCUCAGCGGAUAUGGCCAGGAGGAUUGAUGAUCCGAAUCUCGAAGUAGAGCCCGACAGCGUACUUAUUCUCCAAAACAUUGGGCCCAUUGGUAAUCCAGGUAUGCCGGAGGCUGGAAUGAUCCCUAUUCCUCGCAAACUCGCGGCAAAGGGCGUUCAGGACAUGCUGCGGAUAUCUGAUGGACGUAUGAGUGGAACUGCCGGUGGUACAAUUGUGCUUCAUGUAUCUCCGGAGGCAACGGACCCAAGUUCAGUACUGGGAAUCGUCCGCACGGGAGACUUAGUAAAGUGUGACUUGGAUCAGCGGCUAAUUCACGUGGAUAUCUCAGAGGAAGAGAUCAAGCGCCGACAGGAAGAGAAGAGAAGGUCAUUGGAAACGGAAUCUGAUAAAUCGGCAGAUGUAUGGGUUGCUAGAAAGAAACUCAGAGGGUAUCGGGGAUUGUUCAUGCGGUCGGUGCAGCAAGCUCAUUCAGGAGCAGACUUUGACUUCCUUACAGCUGCCGGACCUACAGAUACGUGA